AUGGUAAAGUUGAAUACUGAUGGCAGUGCACUCCACAAUCCUGGAAAAAUUGGUGGGGGAGAACUUCUCAGAAACUCCCAAGGUGACCUUAUCUUUGCAUAUUCAGUCCCUUUUGGAGAAGGCACAAACAACCAAUCAGAGAUAAUGACUGCCAUCUUUGGCUUGUCUUGGUAUCUUCAAUUGGGAUACACCAAUGUCAUCUUAGAGGUUGACUCUGAGAUGCUCAUCAGAUGGAUCAAACAGCAAGCCAAACCUUCUUGGUACACUGCAGAGAUGUACCAUCCAAUUUGUGCAGAAAUUGAAGCUGCAAUUUGGUUAAGCAUGGUUCUCUCAAUCAGAUUUCAAGAGGGCUUUUGGAAGCCAGAUGGUGGUCACACACUAAGCCACCUAGGAGCAGUUUUCAGCAAUAACUUGCAACAACUUGAUCGGGAUUAG